AUGACUGAAUUGUUCCGGUCAGCUUUCAGUUAUUUAUCGCAAACGACACCGGUAAAUGUUAUUGGUAAAUUAGACCAUUCCCUUGUGGGUACAAAUGUUGAGAUUAAUGGACUGAGGCUCAAAAUUCGCUCUCUAAUCGCUGAAGGUGGUUAUGCAUUAGUAUUUUCGGCCCAAGAUACGCACGGUAAUUGGUUUGCUCUGAAACGACUAUUAGCAGCAGAUGAUGAAGCUGCUGAAGCUGUGUUGAAAGAAAUUCGUUUUUUACGAGAGCUAUCUGGUCAUAAAUCCAUUCUACAUUUUGUGCAGGCGGCUCAGCUGAAUCCACAGGAGAGUGGACAUGGUCGAGCCGAAUUUCUUCUCUUGACUGAACUUUGUCCAGGAAGCGUGGUCGAACUCAUUCUAAAAGGUCCACUAUCGGUCGGACAGGUGACUAAAAUUUUUUAUGCGGCUUGCAAUGCCAUUAAACAAAUGCAUUCAAAGAAGCCACCCAUAACUCAUAGAGAUAUGAAGAUUGAAAACUUGCUUUUUGAUGCAUAUGGAUAUGUGAAACUAUGCGACUUUGGAAGCGCAACAACUGAAAUCGUAACACCGAAUGAAACAUGGUCAGCUUUGCAGCGAGCACAGCUCGAAGAGGAGUUAGCGCGACACACGACGCCGAUGUAUAGAGCACCAGAAUUACUGGAUAUGUAUUCAAAUUUUCCGGUGGGUCCAGCCCAAGAUGUUUGGGCUCUUGGAUGUGUACUGUAUUACCUUUGCUACAGAAAACAUCCAUUUGAGGACAGUGCAAAACUUCGUAUCAUUAAUGCGAAAUAUUCUCUCCCCGGUGCAGAAACUGAAUAUACUCUGUUGAACCCACUCAUUCAAACAACUUUGCGUGUUGAUCCAAGAGAGCGCCCAAGUGCGGAGGAUCUGUGUGAACGAGUUGAAGCGCUUGCUGCCGCAUCAACUAUAGAUCUUUCGAAACCUAUAGAAAACCUAGAACUACCGCAAUUAUCAGCAUUCUUCUCUUCAGGUCAAUUACAAGCUGAAUUAUCUGGAAAUGAACGUGGGAAGUCAUCAAAAUCAAAUAUAUCAAGGCGGUCACCUUCAAUGCCGCGAAAAAAUGAUUAUGAGCAGACAGCGCAGCAAGCUUCCGCUGUUUUUGGUGCUAUUAAAGGGCAGAGCAUGUCUUGGUUCAAAAAUAUCAAGGACAAAACGGCCGCCGUUGCGCAAACAGUACAAUCAACUUAUGGUAAUCGAGGUCCAGAUGUGACAUUUGUUACAUCGCGUCUUGUAAUUGCGCCACUUGCUGAUUGUAUUCCUGAGGCAUUAGUUGCACAAGCUGAAGAAACAAUGCGGACUCAUAUUUUGGAUCAGGCUCGAGGACAGUUUGUAAUUCAUAACUUAUCAAAUCGUCAUUUGCGGUGCGAUUACGACCAUCUGAUAGAAACUCCUUUGCCAGCUGUUGGAAGUGGUUUAACACCCACAGUCAAUUUUUUGUUGAAUCUCUGCAGGAAUAUGGUUUUAUUCUUGAAGCAAAAAGAAACAAAUUUUAUUCUGAUUACUGGUCCCGAAGUUCAAUGUUUACUGGUAGCAGCAGCUCUGUUAUUAUAUGCUCGACUUGUUCCGAAACCAUUGGCCGCGCUAGAAUUAAUCUGUACUAAAAGGCAACCACCAAGUCUUCCACCAUCUUAUCAUCGUCAGCUUGAUGUAAUAAAAACAGUUGUUUCUAUGGACUCAUCAGAUUUAUACACAAUGGUUCACAAUAGGCGAGUGGUGCUUCAAUCAUUAUUCAUAUCACCGGUGCCACUGUUUAAUCGAAUUCGAAGCGGCUGUCGACCAUUUGCUGAUAUUUACGCUGGUGGUACUAAAGUAUGGUCUACCUGCAAAAGCUAUGAACAGUUGAAGUCUUUCGAUGCUCCGGAAUCGUUUUUAAUCGAUCUUUCAUUAGGAGAUAUUCCAGUUGGUGACGAUGUGCAAAUAGUUGUUUAUCAUGCACGAUUGAUGAAAAUGCAAAAUCGUAUGCAGCAGCAUUUGAUGUUUUCAUUGAAUUUUCAUGCUAAUUUUAUUGAUCCAAAUACUCGUAUGUUAGAAUUCAAUCUUGGUGAUCUUGAUCGUCCGUCCGAUGAUUCGAGAUUUGGAGUGUCGUUGAGGGUUGGCUUGCAGUUGAAAAUUGAUGAACACGAUAGAGGAUUUAGUUCGCAAAAGCCACCUGCAAUUCUUGGUUAUGAACCAAAAGCCAUUUCAAAAUUGUUACUGGUGUCCGAACCUAGCGAAUUUGAUGCAAUUGUUCGACAUCUUGGUCUUCACCACAAGUCGUCAAAUCAGCAAAAGCCCCCAAAAAGACCACUUCCUCCGCAGAAAUGCGUCAUGGAACAACAUAAAGCGAGAGAUGAAGAAGGAGAGAAAUUGACUAGCCGAAUCACUCCGUCAAAUCCCCAGAAUUCUUUCUUCUCCACGUUAGAGUGGCUCGAUGACACUAACAAUCUACAAGAUGUAUCUCAGAAUAUCACGGAGCCUUUUCAAAAUAACGCUGAAAGCCGUAUCAGACAAUCAUCAGAACAAGCUACUCAUUUAAAUCCGUCGUUACUAGAGCGAACAGAAGAUGCUGAUCUGCAUGGACGUUUAUGCCAUAUGCAUAUUAAUAAUGCUGCUGAAGAGGAAAUUGAUGAUGGCCGAUAUAAAUUUGGUUAUGAAGAACAACCUAAAUUUGUUGAGAAAAAUGCAUCGAAGAUUUUAACCACUGAAAAAGAUGUCGAUCUACUUGGAUUAGGAGCAGAUUUCCAUAUUAAGUUUUCGUCUAGUGUACAAUCAGUAAAUGGUGAGAGUGAUGGCACGGCGCGAGAUGUAUCUUCAUGUAUACCAAACGCUUCCUCGUCCAAUCUUAAUGUUUACUUUGGAGAUAAUGAUUUUUGUGAAGAUGGAAUGCAGCGUAAUGUUUGUGCACCGGUUUUUUCCAAUGUGAAUCUCAUGCCUUCCACAUCAGAAAUGAAAAUUGAUCCACUUUCUGAAUUUUUAGCAUGCUCAAAGGAUAAUACAACUGCACUAGUGAAAAGUAGCUCAAUAGAAACAAGCAAAGCCGCAUCGAAUAAUCAGCAUCAAUCAAGUUACAGUCGAACACAUUUUGAUACGCUCAGUUCUAUUAGGGGUAGUAAACCAAAAAAUUUUGAAAACGCAUUUGAUGAUCUUCUCACUUCCCAAGGCUUUCAAAUGUCUGGAAAAACUAUAAAAUCUUUAGGUGAAAUGAAGCGGCAAGAAGAAAUUAAGGAAUUAGAUCCUGUUACAGUUAAGGUGAGAGAAUGGACAAACGGCAAGGAAAGAAACAUCAGAGCCUUGCUAGGAUCCAUGAAUAAUAUCUUGUGGUCAGACGCUGAAAAUUGGAUUCAGCCAAGUAUUGGAGAUUUGCUAACCGCGCAACAAAUAAAAAAAUAUUACCAUAAGGCUUGCUUGGUAAUACAUCCGGAUAAGCAGGUUGGCACUGAGAAUGAAACGUUAGCUCGCGCUAUAUUUACAGAAUUGAAUGAUGCAUGGACAGCUUACGAAAAUGCCGGCUCACCAUCCAUUUAA